CACAAAAGCCAGCUCCAGCCAUAAUACCUUGUUCUAAGUGUUCUUGUACAAUUAAAACAGCCUCCGACUUAUGUAGCAGCCUGGCUAGAUCAUGGAGACAAGAACAAUACAGCAAUGGAGGCUGGUAAUAUCCCUCUUCGUUGGCUGGGCGUUUUAUUACGCCUGUAGAAAGACAUUCACUUCCACCAUGCCUCACCUAAUGAAACACAAAGGCUACACAGAGAAGGACUUGGGUAUGAUUGCGUCCUCGUUCUCGUUUGCUUAUGGCAUAAACAAACUCGUCUGUGGUGUAGUGGCAGACCACGUUAGCCCAAAAUGGCUAUUUUGUACCGGCCUUCUAUUCAGUGGAAUAUUAGUGAUACUGUUCCCAUUUUGUCACUCCUCGUACAUGUGUGCCUUCUUGUGGGCCAUCGCCGCUUUAUUUCAAGGCUCGGGUUGGCCUGCCGCAUCUAAAUUAUUAAAGGCUUGGGUACCAGAUAGGCUCGGAAUAGCGUGGAGUGUCAUAUCAAGUAGUGGAAACCUUGCAGCUACCUGCUCUCCUUUCAUCAUCGCCUAUAUCACUUCAACCGUUUCGUGGGACAGUAAUUAUUACAUCAUUGGAGGUGCGUCUUGUUUUCUGACGUUAAUAUUAUUAUUUGAAUUGAAAGACAAGCCGGAAAGCAUAGAGAAAGUAGGAGGAGAGAGUUCUUCAUCGAUGAGAUUAGUUGAUAUAUUGUACGUGAGAAGUAUAUGGACCGUUAGCUUGAUAUAUUUCAUAUUAUACAUGGUUAAAUACGCAAUCACAGAUUGGGGCCAGCUUUAUUUUAUGCAAUUCUUAGAAGUACCAGAAAUUACAGCUGCUACUAGUGUUGGGUUGAUACAGUUUGGCGGCAUAUUUGGAAACAUAAUCUGGGGAUACAUAUCUGAUAAAACAAUUAAGAUAGUCCCCGAGAGGUCAAAGGUUUCCCGAGCUCCUGCAUUAAUGAUGUCCUGUGCUUGCCUAAUGGUCUGUGUCAUCUUAUUCGCUACAACUUUAGACAAAUCUUCUUCUCAAUUUUGGAUUGACAUGGUAUGUUUUUCAACUGGUAUAAUGUUAGAUGGAGCAGUAGCGUUGAUAGGUCUAACUGCAAUGAGUUGUGUUCCUGAUCACUUAGCAAGCACUGCUCAUGGAUUCACCUGUGCCUUUAGUCAAGUUGGUAGUUUUUUGGCUGGAUAUCCAUUUAGUAUCAUAGUCAGCAGUUACGGCUGGUAUGCUGCUUAUCAAACUGUCUCCUUUUGUUCACUGGUAAUGCUACUGGCUAAUUUUUAUUUGACGUAUUUGUCUUUUCAGACUGUUAAAUUUAAGUCGAACUAAUUAUUUAUAUUAUUAUUAUUUAUUAUUAUUACCAUUGUUAUUUUUGUAUCAUUUUCCUACUUAAUUCGACAAUUAUUGAUGAUUUAUAUUUUAAAA